GCAGCUAUACCCUUCUCGAAAACCGACGCGGGGCGUCCAGAUGUGUUAGUAACUUUUAUCCGCCUCAGAGUCGGAGGGACGCGGCCUGGCCUCGCCUGUAGCUCGCCGUGCUUCUGGUCGACUGUAUCUGACCGCUGGGGAACAGGGGGAGAUGAAGCCGAGCGCUCGGUCGGGCUAACACAACAUUAGCUAGGCUAGCUGGAGAUUUUUAGAGGUUCGCCAGCAAACGGUAACCUGGGUUGCUUAUAGAUAGUUAACUAGCUAGCUAAUCCAGCGUUAGCUAUAGCUGAGUAGCGUCGGGAUGCUGGUGUGAUUGGUUACCGCUUGGUUACCGUUUUUGUGCCGUUAUGGCACGGAAGGUCGAGACUAACGUUAAGUUGCUGCUGCGCAUCUGAAUUCCAGCAGAAUUUCGCUCUAACGCUAACUAGCUGUUAAGUAGCUCGUUACGACAGAAUGCCAGGUCUCUUGCUCUUAUAAUGGCACCUAUAAGCUAGCUAACUAAGUGCUAUUUGUCUAGGUUAAUUACCCAGCGUAACGUAGUGUAUUUUUUCUUCUGUUUACCUCAAAUCGGCUGUAUGUCUCGCCAAACCCGAUGGCUGAGUAGCUGCUGCCCUCAGUAACCAGGUCUAGUUCAGUCCAGCAGGUCUGAGUGAGAUCUGGAGCUGCUGCUGCUGUCGCGGUUUAAUUUCUCCUAAUAUCUACAGUCAGUCGUUUCCCUCUCGGACUUACUGACGGACCACUCAGGAGGAGAAAAAGAGAGAAGGUGCCUUAAAUACUUAAAUACCACAGAGGAAGAAUGGCCGCCACUUUAACAGCAGAGGAAGAGCAGGCCACUAAGCAGUUCCUGGAGGAGAUCAAUAAAUGGACCAGUCAGCAUGGCGUCUCUCCACUGUCCUGGGAUGUGGCUGUGAAGUUCCUCAUGGCCCGCAAGUUUGAUGUCCUUCGAGCCAUAGAGCUCUUCCACAGCUACAGGGAGACUCGUCUGAGGGAGGGCAUCGUGAAACUACAGCCACAGGAGGAGCCACUGCGCUCUGAGCUACUCAGCGGCAAGUUUACCAUCUUGGGUGUACGGGACCCUACAGGAGCAUCCAUAGCUCUGUACACAGCUAAGCUGCACCACCCCAAUAAAACAGGCAACCAUGUGGUCUUACAGGCUCUGUUCUACCUGCUGGACAAAGCAGUAGAGAGCUUUGAGACCCAGAGGAAUGGUCUUGUGUUCAUCUAUGACAUGGCUGGAUCCAACUACACCAACUUUGAGCUGGACCUGAGCAAGAAGAUCCUCAACCUGCUAAAGGGUGCGUUUCCUGCCCGACUGAAGAAAGUGUUCAUAGUUGGAGCCCCAGUUUGGUUUCGAGUGCCCUAUAACCUGCUGAGUCUGCUGCUAAAGGAGAAACUCAGAGAAAGGGUCCAAAUGGUGAAGAUGACAGACCUGCGGCUGCACCUGCCAAGAGACUGCUUACCCGAGCACCUUGGUGGUUGCCUGGCAUUAGACGUUCACGGCUGGAACCAGCGUCUGCUGGCAGAGCAGAACGGACAUGUAGACCCUGUGGAUGAGCUGGUGGGCAUCCCGCUGGACGAUUCCUCUGUGCACGCACCAGGCCCUGAAGCCAUGAGACUGCCAGAGUAUGUGGCACAUCUGGCUCGAGCCCAACGCAGCGGAAUCUACCAGGAGUAUGAGGAGCUCCGUAAAGAGCAGCCUCCUGGAACUUUCCACUGCGCACUGGCUGCAUAUAAUCAGGAGAGGAAUCGCUAUGGCGAUGUUCUUUGCCUUGACCAAACUCGUGUUCAUCUGAAAGGCAGAAGGAAUGAGAGAUCAGACUACAUCAAUGCCAGCUUCAUGGAUGGAUACAAGCAGAAGAAUGCAUACAUAGGAACUCAAGGCCCGCUGGAGAAAACAUACGGUGAUUUCUGGAGAAUGGUGUGGGAGCAAAGCGUGCUGGUCAUUGUCAUGACAACAAGAACUGAUGAAGGGGGCAGAAGAAAGUGUGGUCAGUACUGGCCUCUGCAAGAAGGGGGACAGGAGGUGUACGGACACAUAGCUGUGGUCAACCAGAGAGUAGAUAACCAUUCCCAUUACAAUCAGACCACGUUGGAGCUGCAUAACACAGAGACCUGUGAGCAGAGGCAAGUAACUCACUUCCAGUUUCUGAGCUGGCCUGACUAUGGCGUGCCCUCCUCAGCGCUCUCAUUGCUGGACUUCUUGGGUGCAGUGAAGAGGCAGCAGAAGAGAGCAGUAAAGGCAAUGGGGUCACAGUGGAGGGGUCAUCCUUUGGGACCGCCCAUGGUCGUCCACUGCAGUGCAGGAAUCGGCAGGACUGGUACUUUCUGUGCGUUGGAUAUAUGUCUGUCUCAGCUGCAAGAAGUCGGGACUCUACAUGUGUGUCAGACUGUAAGGCGUAUGAGAACACAGCGUGCCUUCAGCAUCCAAACACCAGAACAGUAUUACUUCUGCCACACUGCUAUCCUUGAGCACGCCCAGCGACAGGGACUGCUUUCGACCAAUCAGUGAGAGACCAAAUCUGUUUUUCUGUCCAUCGGUGAAGGACGGCGGCUGCUCUCUGCCAACCGCUGACUCUCAGAACACUCUUAGCCAGUCAGUGGGCUGAUUGUUAAAAGGCUGAGCAUAAACGGUCUAUGAAGGAAUCUUUCUACAGCUCGCUUCUCUGGCGGACGUCCACUCCAAGCACAGUACUUGUGACUCUUUUUAAGAUUGGUGUAUAAAGUGCCACAGUCAUCGAAAUCAUAGCCUGUUAACACUGUUCACCAAGAGAUUGAGCUCUCUGACAGAUCCAGUUAAAGACUGAAAGGGGUCCGUCUAUCUGUCUCAUAGCCAUUCAGUAAUGCUGUGUUCAUGUUGUGAUUGAUUGAAAGUUCGUAAGUCAAGUGACCUCUAACCUGUUGUUCAACAGCGCCUUCGCUUUUUUCUAAAAUGAUGUCAGAAAAAAUGUUUGGUGAGUUUUUAAUUCACAAAGUCAGCUCCAAUCUAAACUAAGUGUCUUGUCUAAAUACGUUCUAAUGCCGAUGCCACACGUAAUUCAAAAUAUGGGAUCACAGCAAGUAGUGUGUUAACUCUAAUACAUUAUCAUUACUUGAUCUGUUUUAAUGCUUCUGAGGGAACAGGGAUAAAACUAAACUCCUCUACACAAACAUCUAACAUGCUUCUGUUCUGCUGCCGCAGCUAAAAAUCUGUCUGCCUAAACGGUUACUUUAUAUACCAGUAUGAUUUGACCCGGUCUACAAAUAGGUGUUUCUCCAUAAUAUACUCAUGAUUAUUAAUUUUUCAUUUAUUCAUCUUAAUGUUUUUAUUUUUUUAUUUUUUGCGCACCCUACAUUUUUUAAGGCCCUGUCCACACGUUUCCAGAUAUAUAUUUUAUAUAUAUUUACAGAAAUAUGCAAGCCCUCUAAAGGUCGAUAAUACCUCAUGAACAUCAACACAUCAAGAAGAAGUAAGAAAAUGCAGAGGUUUAUUCCUAAAUUACACACUACUCCCUAAGUAGUGCAAGUAAAUCUAAACAGAUCAUAAUAUAUUUGUAAUGGAACCAUAUUUACCUUUAUUCGUAUGCUGAAAUCUAAAAACUAGUGAAUUUUAAAUUAUAAUGAAUAAUGUAAAUCACUAUAUAGGGAGUAAGGAGGUAUUUGACAAGCAGUCAAACCGUUCUCAAAUAUCUCCUCCUUAAAAACUAUUUUAAGAAGCGAGGUCAAAUUGCACACAAACCCUCUUUUUUAUAUAUUUGUAGGUGUGGGUGGGACAAGUGGAAAGUGGAACUAACAGACAAAAAGUAAUACUUCUGAAUCUGUUUAAAGUGAGUUUUCAAUCAAUGGAAAACAGUAACUAAAUGUUAAAGGUAGAUUUUUCAGCAUCAUUUUCACUAAUAUGAACCUUCUUAAAAUAACACCAAAGUAGUGAUUUUAUAUUCUGCACCUUUCAUGCAUUAGGUAUUUUUCUGACUAGUUUCAACAUACUUUGAGGCUCUUCAAUACCUGUGAAAGGAGGCUUGUAGUAGUCUUUGUUGAUCUGCCUCGACAUGACCGUCACCAAUUAUUAUUUUUUCAAGAAAAGAAGUCAGGUGGAUCUAUUCUUCUAAUACUUUCGUUUUUUAGCUAAAAUUAUUCUGAUUUACUUGCAUUGUUUCUUGAUUCACAUAAAUCAGUCACUGAAUUUAACAAACCAUAAACACGCCAAGGCAGAAUGUAAUUUCUAUGUACUAAAAUGUAAUUUUGUUUUUAAAUAGAAAAAAAACUUAAGACAAAUAACUAAAUAUUGUGACCCAUGAGAUCCAGUGUAGAUUAGAGACAGAAAUGUGAUGAAUAUUUUUUUUAAACCCUUUACAAAAAGGUGUUCUUCCAGUCUGUGGACGUUUCCUUAGAGCUGUAAUUUUUUUUCCUGUUAUUGUGACCCAUGUGGGAGGGCCGUUUCCCUCCAGAAGUUACACUUGCCCAUUUAUUUGGGUGUUUGGAACUGUUGUGUGUGUGAAUGGAAAGCCAAUGCAGAGCACGCUUCUUGUUUUUCUUAUUUUCCACAUUGCUUAGAGCAGCAGAACUGCAAUAAGCUCCGUUUUAUCCUGCAUCCAUGAUCAUUGGAGAAUAUAGUCACAAGAAUGAUAGAUUCAUUUUGCCAACCCCCUUUCUUACAAAGUGCUGUGUGGAUACGGAUAGUUGUUGCUUUCUUUUGUGUGGAGUAGAGAACAGUGUACGUUUGCUGAAGUAAAACACCACUGAGGACUUCUACUGGUGUUUGUGACUAUGUGAUUGCUGUUGCUACUGUUAAGAGAAAAGGAUCUACCAGUCUGCCCUGCUUACUAACAUCUAUCUAACUUGUGUGUAAAAUAGGCCUAGAAACUAUACUAAAGCACUUUUACACAGGCGUUCACUAUGUGCAUUCACUGACAUCAUUAACCGUAGAGGAUUUGAACACCGCAAAUUCCAUAUGUAACGUACUGUGGUGUGAACUGCAAUGCUGUUGUUGUGAAUUGACAAAUCUGCAAGUUCAGUGAGUGGUCUGUUAAGACAGUCGUGAUCAUGUGUUAAUCAUGUUUUCAGGUGUUUACAGUUAGCUUGGAGAGCUGUAUCAUUUCAUAAUAUGACUUUUUUUUCUGUUUUUUGUCUUUAGGUAUGUGAGUCUUUGCUACUGAAUUCAUAUUGAAUUUGCUUGUAGUGAAGAAUCUGUUGAACCAAACCCUUGUAUGCACUCAUGAUGCUAGAACUGUUAGCUGUUCAAACGAUGGACACAAAAUGUGACUGAUUUUUUUAUUUUUCUAUUCUAUUCAGCAGACGUCUGUGUCCUUACAUAUUAUUAUUCCAUUUGCAAAUAGCUACUUAUAUUUUUCUCAUUUUCUCAUAACUCCUUCAUUUGUAUGACCUAUGGUGAUGUAAUCAAGCUAUGUAAUCAAUAAUGCCAUGGUGUUGACGUAUAUACACAUGUUAAACCGAUCACUUUGUGACCAAGUAUUUUUAUUCUAAAAGAGUUCAUUAUGAAAUGUGAGGCAGGCAGGUGGAUACUUGUGUUGCUGCAUGGUGCUGUGGCAGAAUGGAGUCCUUUUCCCUGACUCAGGGACACAAGGAGGACACCAGUUCAGCAAGUAGGACCUUGUUAAAUAUGACAACAUAAAAAAAAAACAGAUUCAAUGAUGAUUAAAUGAAACUCUCAUUUCUUCA